GCGACUAUGGUGAGUAUUUUCGGAGUGGAACAGCCUGACCAGUGGCUACAGCAGUGCACUAACCGUGUCUACUCUGCUGCACAAAAAGCAGGAAGCAGACAGAGCCCCGUGUGCGGUUAGCUCGGAGCUAAAGCUAAAAACACUUUGUUAAAAUGUCCAAAGGCCAAACGCUGAGAGCUUUGGUGAAUGAGCGGCUGACUGCGGCUGCUGAAGAGAUCUUUGCGCUGUUUGAAAGAACGAUAGCGGAGUAUGAGGAGGAACUGUGUCGCUCCAAAGAGGAGAACCAGAGGAACCAGGACACUCCACAGACUCCACGGAUUAAAGAGGAGCCAGAGGAGCAGAGCGUCAAACAGGAGGAAGACACGCUCCCAGCACAGUUCUCACUGGGCAUCCCAGAGUCUAGUGCUGUCUGUGUGAAGACAGAAGAGUCCUCACUGCUUCAACAUAGACAAACUGAGCACAGAGAGGAAACACAGGGGGAGGACAUCAGCACAGAGCCACAUUUACACUCAGAGACUAAGGGACACAUGGAGCACUCCUCUGACACUGACAAUGAUGAAAACUGGAGAGCUCCAUUCAGCUGUUCAGCUGCACAGAUGGCGACAGAGGCUGAUGGAGACCACUGCAACCAAGUCCAGAAAGGCCAAAUGCUGAGAGCUUUGGUGAAUGAGCGGCUGACUGCGGCUGCUGAAGAGAUCUUUGCGCUGUUUGAAAGAACGACAGCAGAGUAUGAGGAGGAACUGUGUCACUCCAAAGAGGAGAACCAGAGAAACCAGGACACUCAGACUCCACGGAUUAAAGAGGAGCCAGAGGAGCUGAGCAUCAAACAGGAGGAAGGCACGCUCCCAGCACAGCUCCCAAUGGGCGUCCCAGAGUCCAGUGCUGUCUGUGUGAAGACAGAAGAGUCCUCACUGCUUCAGCAUAGACAAACUGAGCACAGAAAAGAAACACAGGGACAGGACAUCAGCACAGAGCCACAUUUACACUCAGAGACUGAGGGACACACGGAGCACUCCUCUGGCACUGACAAUGAUGAAGACUGGAGAGCUCCAAUCAGCUGUUCAGCUGCACAGAUGGUUUCAGCCCAAGGAGCUGAUAAGAAGAAACACCAGUGCUCUGUGUGUAAGAAGAGGUUUGGGACUAAGCAGAUUUUACAAAGACACAUUAGAGUUCACACAGGAGAGAGACCAUUCAGCUGUUCAAUUUGUAAGAAAACAUUUACAAUAAAGUGCAAUCGAGAUAAACAUCUAAAGAUACACACCAGUGAACGACCUUACAACUGUUCAAUAUGUGAGAAAGCAUUUGCCCUAAAGCGUAGUUUAGAUGCACAUUUAAAAAUACACACUGGAGAUAAACCAUUCAGCUGCCAAACAUGUAAGAAGACAUUUACCAUAAAAGGUAAUCUAGAUAAACAUGUGAGAACACACACUGGAGAGAAACCAUUCAGCUGUUUAACCUGUGAGAAGACAUUUUCUCAAAAGGCCCAUCUACAUGAACAUGUAAAGACACACACCGGUGAACGACCUUACAGCUGUUCAACAUGUGAGAAGACAUUUGUCACAAAGUCUCAUCUACUUAAACACGAGAGAACGCACACCGGUGAACGGCCUUACAGUUGUUCAACAUGUGAGAAGACAUUUGUCACAAAGUCUCAUUUACGUAAGCACGAGAGAACGCACACCGGUGAACGACCUUACAGCUGCUCAACAUGUGAGAAAACAUUUGGCCUAAAGUGUAAUCUAGAUGCACAUAUGAGAGUACACACAGGAGAGAGACCAUUCAGCUGUUCAACAUGUGUGAAGACAUUUGUCACAAAGUCUAGUCUAUGUAAACAUGAGAGAAUGCACGCUGGUGAGAGGCCUUAGAGUUGUUCCAUUUGUGAUAAAGGGUUUUCUCAAAGUUUCACUUUGAAAACACACAAGAAUUUACAGAGCACAAACUGAGACUGAAGGCUAAUUGGUUGUGUUCAUGAGAUGCUUUACAGAGCCUAGAAUUCUGUGUUGGAGUCUGUUGCUUCAUUAGGGCCCGAGCGUGAAUGUUCGAGGAGGGCGAGUCUGUGACACAUCCACCGCACACUCACAGGUCUCCAGUAUCUCCUGGUGCACAGAGAAAUUAUGUUUAAACAAGGCUAAAACAAUAGCUGCCAAAGUUUGGCAAAUCCAGGGCUGAAAUUAUUCAAAUGAUUCUAGUGAAGUUUAAAACACAGUAGAGCACUUCCUGUAUUAUACAGGGAUUAUACAAGGUGGAACAGAGUGUUUUCUGUUUGAGAGAAGAACCCAGGCCAAAUGUAAAUGUCAUUGAAAUGUUUUAUGCAUAAAAAAGAUGCAUUCUGUUUGAGAAGAGGGAGAUAUUUUUUGUAAAGUUAUUGUUGUCCAUUUUGGUAAAACAUGUCUUUAUUUUGCAAUAAGAAAUUGCAAUUACACAGUUGUAUAGAUAUUUAUUUUUGUUUUGGUGCUACUGUUAUCACGAGAACUUGAGAGAAAUGGGGCCACAGUUAAAUCAUGAACGCUCUCACAUGCUCAAAGACUUUCAGAGUGAGAGACAUGCUUUCGGCAGCUAACAUCAGCUAGCUAACCUGCUGCAUGAGGUAUCUUCAUUAUACAUGUGUAGUUAUGGUAAAUAAAUUCAUGUUCCAAUAUUGCUGUAUGAUGUGCGCAGACAGAAAUACACAAAUAGACUCAUUUAAAGACCUCC